UAUAUAGAGACCACCAGUUGAUAUAUAUAUAUUCACAACAAUAAACAAAAAGUCGUUUGGGGGUUCUCAGCUCCCGCUGCUCCAGCUCUGCCGCUGCCUCUGCUUCUGCUUUUGCCUCUGUCGACGAUACGAGCAACGAAAUGGCAAUAUCUAGCGGCCUAAACAUGGCAGUCAUCUCCAGUUUGCUUGUGUUUAUUGCUUUAUCGGCCAGUUUCUGUUCAGCCGGCACUUUUAAUACACGACCAGCGUUUCCUGCCCAAAGCGGUCAGAUACAGCCAUCCGGAGGUAAUAGUAAACAACCAGCCAGACGCAUCAUGAAUCCAGCUUUUGCCAAUGCCGGCCGUACACCCGGCGUCGAGAUCUGGCGCAUUGAGAAUUUUGAACCUGUACCUUAUCCCAAAAAUAAUUAUGGCAAGUUCUAUACUGGAGACUCAUUUAUUAUAUUGAAUACAAUUGAGAACCCGAAAGAUAAGAAACUUUCUUGGGAUGUGCACUUUUGGUUGGGAUCGGAAACAUCGACCGAUGAGGCUGGUGCUGCAGCUAUUCUCACUGUCCAACUGGACGACCAGCUAGGUGGUGCACCUGUGCAGCAUCGCGAAGUACAGGAUCACGAGUCCCAGUUGUUCCUUGGCUACUUCAAGAAUGGAGUUCGUUAUGAACAGGGAGGUGUUGGCACUGGAUUCAAGCAUGUGGAGACCAAUGCCCAGGGUGAGAAGCGCCUAUUCCAGGUCAAGGGCAAGCGGAAUGUACGUGUGCGUCAAGUGAAUCUGUCCGUGUCGUCAAUGAACAAGGGCGAUUGCUUCAUUCUGGAUGCUGGCAAUGAUAUCUACGUUUAUGUUGGUGCCCAGGCCAAGCGAGUGGAGAAACUGAAGGCUAUUAGUGCCGCCAACCAGAUUCGUGAUCAGGAUCACAAUGGUCGUGCUCGUGUCCAAAUCAUUGAUGAGUUUAGCACGGAUGCCGACAAACAACAGUUCUUCGAUGUCCUUGGAUCUGGUACUCCCGACCAGGUGCCCGAGGAGUCCACAGCCGAUGAGGAUGCCGCCUUUGAGAGGACAGAUGCUGCAGCUGUGACUUUGUACAAGGUUUCCGAUGCCAGUGGCAAGCUGCAGGUAGACACCGUUGCCCAGAAACCAUUGCGUCAGGCUAUGUUGGAUACCAAAGAUUGCUUCAUCUUGGACACUGGCUCUGGAAUUUAUGUGUGGGUUGGACGUGGUGCCACCCAAAAGGAGAAGACCGAUGCCAUGGCCAAGGCUCAGGAGUUCUUGUCCACAAAGAAAUAUCCCGCCUGGACCCAGAUUCAUCGCAUUGUGGAGGGAGCUGAGUCGGCACCAUUCAAGCAAUACUUUGACACCUGGCGCGAUGCUGGCAUGGCUCAUACCCGUCUCAUACGCUCAGCUUUGAACAUGGGAUCGGAUGAUUCCUUCGAUGUGGAUGAAAUUGACGCUGUGGUCGAGAAAUUGAAGAAGAGCGGUGGACGUGCUAUUGGCUUUAUGCCCGAUCAUGGACAGAAUAGCAUUAAGCAGAUAACUCAGUAUGUUAGCAAAGCGGACAAUGGCGAAGUCCUACGCAAUACAGUUGACUUUGAGGAGAACUUGCCUCUGCUUGGCUUUGGUUCCUAUGUUCUUACCUACGACUAUGAGGCCAACAAUGGCGAGACUGGCUCCAUUGUCUACGUUUGGCAGGGUGCUAAGGCUAGUGCUGCGGUGAAGGUGCGUGCCUUUGAGGAUGCUCUGGCCUUGGCUGUGGAACAGAAUGCUCUGCUGGUGCGCACCACCCAGGGACAUGAGCCACGUCAUUUCUACAAGAUCUUCAAGGGCAAAUUGCUUGCUUCCUAUACAGCUUUGCCGGUCACAGCUCAGCUCUUCCGCAUUCGCGGCACAGUUGAAAGUGAUAUUCAUGCCAGUGAAGUGCCCGCUGACAGUUCAUCUUUGGCUUCUGGUGAUGCUUUUGCUCUGGUGUCGGCCAAAUCUCACAAGAUUUACAUUUGGCAUGGUCUUGGUGCAUCCAAUUUCGAGAAGCAGGCCGCUCAGGAGCGUUUCGCCCACUAUUGGGACGAUGCCGAGAUCGAAGUGAUCGAUGAGGGAGCCGAACCCGAUGAGUUCUGGGAUGAAUUGAACGGUGAGGGUCAAUACAAUCGCAGCCUGGUGGACGAUAGUGCUCCAUUGUUGGAGCCACGUCUCUUCCAUUGCCGACUGACACGGGCUGGACGUGCUAAGGUUGAAGAGGUUGCCCAAUAUGAUCAAGAGGAUCUGGAUACGGAUGAUGUUAUGCUAUUGGAUGCUGGAGAUGAGAUUUAUUUGUGGGUUGGUUCCGGUGCCACAGCUGAGGAGAAUAGCAAGAUUUUGGACAUGGCCAAGCGCUAUAUCAAAUUGGAGCCCACCUCUCGCACCAUUGACACUGUGAGCAUUGUACGUGUUGCCCAAGGACAGGAGCCACGCGUCUUCAAGCGUAUGUUCCCCGCCUGGAAUGAUGACUACUGGCAGAGUCUACCAUCGUACGAGGACAUUAAGCGACAGGUGCUUGAUGCCAACAAUGAAGUCUAGGAAUAAGAAUCAUCAACAAAAUACUCAGCAAAAUUGACCAAAAAACAACACAAAAAAAAAAAUAUUAAUAAUAUGUUCGUUUUUGCCACAAUUAUAAUUCUAUUGUAGAAGUGGAACAAUUAAGUAAUAAACUUAAAUAUAUAUUAAA